GGCGAUGGGGUGUGCACGGCCUGCGGCUCGGUGCUGGAGGACAACAUCAUCGUGUCCGAGGUGCAGUUCGUGGAGAACAGCGGUGGCGGCUCGUCGGCCGUGGGCCAGUUCGUGUCGCUGGACGGUCCUGGCAAGACCCCAACCUUGGGCAGUGGCUUCCACGUGAACCUGGGAAAAGAGUCAAGAGCACAGACCCUGCAGAAUGGGAGGCGCCAUAUCCACCACCUGGGGAGCCAGCUGCAGCUGAACCAGCACUGCCUUGACACCGCCUUCAUCUUCUUCAAGAUGGCUGCAAACAAGAGCCUGACCCGAGGACGCAAGAUGGCCCAUGUGAUCGCUGCCUGCCUCUACCUGGUGUGUCGCACAGAAGGCACACCACACAUGCUCCUCGACCUCAGUGACCUGCUUCAGGUGAACGUGUAUGUGCUGGGGAAGACAUUUCUGCUCCUAGCGCGAGAGCUCUGCAUCAACGCACCAGCUAUAGACCCGUGCCUCUACAUCCCACGCUUUGCCCACCUGCUGGAAUUUGGCGAGAAGAACCAUGAGGUGUCGAUGACAGCCUUGAGGCUGCUGCAGCGGAUGAAGAGAGACUGGAUGCAUACGGGCCGGCGGCCCUCAGGCCUCUGUGGAGCAGCCCUUCUCGUUGCUGCCAGGAUGCAUGAUUUCCGGAGAACUGUCAAAGAGGUCAUCAGUGUGGUCAAAGUGUGCGAAUCCACUCUUCGGAAAAGGCUCACAGAAUUUGAAGACACCCCCACUAGUCAGCUGACCAUCGACGAGUUCAUGAAAAUUGACCUGGAGGAGGAGUGUGACCCCCCCUCAUACACAGCUGGACAGAGAAAACUGCGAAUGAAGCAGCUUGAACAGGUCCUGUCAAAACAACUGGAGGAAGUUGAAGGUGAAAUAUCUAGUUACCAGGAUGCCAUUGAGAUUGAACUGGAGAAUAGCCGCCCAAAGGCCAGGGGGGCUCUUGCCAACUUAUCGAAAGAUGGCUUGGUUGAAGAUACCACAUCCAGCCUUUUUGGUGAGGAGGACGCUGAGGAUGAGGAGCUGGAGGCAGCUGCUAGCCACAUGAACAAGGACUUUUACCGGGAGCUUCUGGGUGGAGGCAGCGGCAGCUCGGAUGUCGUGGAGAGUCCUGAGGAGGGAGGCCAGCCCUUGGCCCUGGAGUCCCUGCUUGGACCCCUUCCCACAGCAGCCAGCCUGGGCAUCUCAGACUCCAUCCGUGAAUGUAUCUCAUCCCCAAACCGCGACCUCAAAGACACCUCGGGGGACGGUGAGCUGGACCUCAGUGGCAUUGAUGACCUAGAAAUCGACAGAUAUAUUCUGAAUGAGGCGGAAGCCCGGGUGAAAGCCGAGCUGUGGAUGCGGGAGAAUGCUGAGUACCUGCGAGAGCAGAGGGAGAAAGAAGCAAGAAUAGCGAAGGAGAAGGAAUUGGGCAUCUAUAAGGAGCACAAGCCUAAGAAGUCUUGUAAGCGCCGAGAGCCCAUCCAGGCCAGCACUGCCAGGGAGGCCAUCGAGAAGAUGCUGGAGCAGAAGAAAAUCUCCAGCAAGAUCAACUAUAGCGUGCUUCGUGACCUCAACAGCAAGGGUGCAGCCAGCCCCCAGAGGGACGACAAGCAGCCUGAUGAGAAGGGCAGCACCAGGAAGCUAUCAUGGAGGAGAGCGGCGGCCAGCAGGAACAAGGCUGACCCUGGGACCACUGUGGGGAAGAGGUUGAGGCCUCUGGUGUCUACACAGCCAGCUAAGAAAGCGGCCAUGGGAGAGGCUGCGUUCCCAAGCUCCCCAGCUCUGGGAACUGAGCUGGCCAGGCCAGCAGUGGUGCUGGUGGAGAGUGGCCCAGUGUCCUACCACCCCGAGGAGGUGGCUGAGGAGGACGAUGCAGAUGAGGAUGAUGGGGAACCCUGCAUAAGUGCCCUGAAGAUGCUGGGCAGCAACGCUUACGGCUGUGACGGUGAUGAUGAUGAUGGCUACUGAGUGUGACCUCAAGACCAGUGGCAUCCUGACUGGACCUGAGCACAUCUCAUGGGACUUGGAUGGGCCCCCAGGCAUGGACACCAAGACUUGGGACCAGCCAGCACCUCCUGCUUUCUAGGAAGCCCUUGUCCCACAGCCACAUGUGGCCUCUAUAGCACUUAAAUAUUGGACCAUGUUUGAGCAACAUAAGCAACAUUUCUACCCAGCAGGGGAAGCUGGACCUACUGUGUCUGACAGGACAUUCCAGGAAGUGCCUGAGGCCUGGGUCCCACAUUGUGGCCCAGCUUGCUAUUCCUGGCCAAUGGAGAAACUCGGAGGUGGGCACUGUCAUGUCCCCAGUGUGAGGGAACUGAGGCAUAAGAGUGCCUAGCCCAGCCUGUCAGCCCUGCACUCCAGGACUCCGCUCUUAUCCCACAACCUGAGGGCUCUUUUACCCCUCUGUUGGCCGCCUCCUGGGAAGGUAGUGCAGGCCAAAGUCUUGGGUAAGCAGGCGUACAAGGGUGGCCAGCUGUUCCUACACUUAGUGGCCACAUGAGUCUGGAACUGAUUGUUUGCCUUGAACCUCCCUCCAAGUGGCACAAGCUCCCCACUACCUCUGGGGCCCCCUCACUGCUAGACAUCAUAAGGGGGGGCACAAGAUACGGAGUCUGGACCUGGUACUGGCCCCGCCCUAUAGCCUUGGAGCCUCUGCUCUGCACCAGGGCCAGGGGCAAGUACUGGGGCAUCCUGGGGCUCAGGGCUCUGAACCCCCACUUCCCUGGCUGUGGCCCAAGGGUGGGGAGGGCAGGGAUUCUACCUGAUGUAGGGUAAGGGUACUGGCCUCCAGGUGGGUGGGCUGGGUAUCCUACACUGCUCUGCAUCUGGGCUACA